AUGCCGAUCAACGACUUGCCGCACGAAAUUCUCUCGGAAAUCUUGCUGCUGGCCACCAAGGCCAACCAGGCCGAGGGCGAGCGAUACACCUACGGACUCUCCCAAGCACCUCUUCCUCUGCAGAAGGUCAAGCUUUCCAAAUAUGUGCGUGGUCCCGUCACUGCCGAGUCUCUGAGAUGGGACGCCACCGCCUCGAUCCGCCAAGUCUGCUCGACAUGGCACGAAUGGGCGCUCUCCUACAACCUGGAGCAUGUCUUUGAGCGACGAUGGCGAGGCAGCGAGAGAUGGGCCGAGCUGCCCGUAUCGCGAGGCCGGCGAAAGUACAGCAUUUACGAGCUCAUCGACAACCAUUCUGGCUUCGCCGUCUAUCGCGACCCAUUCGGCACCCUCAAGACCACCGACGCCAUCUUUCGCCACAUGCCACACUUGACCAGACACGUCCGACGCCUGUGGUUUAAUGGCUUCUACACUGCCGACACCGAUAAACUCAUCCUCUCCAUCGUCUCGGAAUGCCACGAGCUUCAAUUCUUAAGCGUGCCGUGGACGGUGCUCCGUCGCAGCACCGCCGAGCACUGGAUCGACCUGCUCAACGUCAACACCGGCACUGGCAGCGCCCUCCACUCUCUCGAGCUCCAAGCCGUGUGCCUACCCAAGGACCAAGCCGAAGCACUCGAAAAAGAAAAUUCCCCCAACGCACUACACGACCCACGCGUCGACUUCAGCGCCCUCAAGCGCCUCAAAAUCUUCGGCAACACCCUCCACAAACCAAUCUGCGACGACGACCUCCACCUCAUCGCGCACACCGCUACAAACCUCCAAGUCCUCGACAUCACCAACCUCUCUACAAUCUCCGUCGCAGGCAUGCUCGCCCUCGUCAAAGCCUCUCACUCCACCCUCCAAGUCCUCGAACACUCCCCCCGCUCCGACGACGGCUUCUACCACCCUUACCCCGGCCACCUCCCCAGCAACGCCCACAUCUGCACCCUCCUCACCUCCCUCCCCAAAAUGCGCGACCUCUCCAUCUCCGUCCCGUACCUCUGCUCCCACCUCUUCGCCUCCCCCGAAGUCCACUGGCAAGGCGAACUCCAAGUCCGAGCCACAGACCUCUGCUCCUCCUCCCCCACCCCUCACUCCCGCGCCACACACCUUCGAGAACUCUUCUCGUCCGCCCGCUCCCUCAUCCACUCCCGCACCCGUCUCGGCCACGCUCUCCGCAUCGAAAUCUUCUUCGCCGGCUGUAUCUUCGAACCCGAGAAAUCUCUCGUCCAUGGCGAUUUCGUGUUGGCGGAAAUUCGGAGUCGGGGACAGUGGCCUCGGGGGAAGGUUGUCAGUACGAAAGGUCCGUAUGGGACGACGGGUGUUUAUGGGAAGGAGGAGGAUGGGGUGAAUUGGGAUGCUGUUGAUGAGGAGGAGUAUUUGCGCGCGGUGGAGAGGGGGUGGGUUGUGCUUUGACGCCAGAGGUUGAGGUAUACGAGGGUUUUUGGGGUGCGUUAGUAGUAGGUGGGUGGGUGGUGGCAUGGGAAAAGUUUUUUUUUGUUGGGGGGUUUAUGAUUUAUGAUUUAUGAUGAUGAUGGACGAAGAAGAAGAAAAAAAAAAGUUUUUUUUUUGGCAUUGGCAUUGGCAUUUGGGAGGAGGGACUUGAGACGAAUAAGUAAGUUAGCGAGCGAAAGUGAAAGGCGAAGGCGUGAGAUGUGGAUUAUUAGUAUGAAUGAGAAUAGUCUUGUAGUUGUACGUGAGUAAGUGAAGGGAUUAUAUAUAACUUCCUAUUUAUUCCUGUUUUGCUUUG